ACCUGCCUCUAGCAACUUACCCUGAAAAUUAGUUGGCAACACUGCAGCCAUCCCACUUUUAGUUCAGAGAGAAACCACUCAGACAGCGUGAAGGAUGUGUGCUGCUAAAAUGACAGAAGGGAGCUUGCAUGUGGAAUCCUGCAAGGCCCCUCUGUUUUACAGACAAGCUGAACCGGCUACAGGUGAAGUCCAUCUGUCUGUCCUACUUCUGCACGGCAUCCGUUUCUCAUCUGAGAAUUGGCUCAAUAUAGGAACACUGGAGACAUUGGCCAAAGCUGGCUGUCGUGCUGUGGCCAUCGACCUACCAGGUGUUGGUCAGUCUAUGUCAGCAGUGGCCCCAUCCGCUGUAGGAGAGCUGGCCCCUGGUGGGUUCCUGAAGCAGGUGUGUGAGGCCCUGGGGAUGGGGCCAGUGGUGGUAGUCAGUCCCUCUCUCAGUGGCAUGUACUCCCUGCCCUUCCUCUUCCAGCACGAGGCUCUGGUCCGGGCAUACAUCCCUGUGGCUCCCAUCUGCACUGAGAAAUUCACAGCAGAGCAGUACAUCAGCAUACAGGAUGCUCAGCUAAAGGAGGUUUCUCUGAACAACCUGAGGAAGCUAGCCAAUCACAAGGUGUUGGUGAUGAAAGGAGCAGGACAUCCAUGCUAUCUGGACGACCCAGCCACGUGGCACACGGCUCUCACUGACUUUUUCAGUACGUUGUGAUGUUGUUCAGUGUCAUUGGGAUAUCUGUCCAUGGAUGCAACACUAUACGUUAAAUACCUACUAACAUUUCUUUCUAUAUAAAAUCGACUAUGUAUGUUGUUGGUAACUUGUGGAAUAGACACCGGAUUCAGGAUUAGACCCACCCGUUGUAUAAUAUUUGUCAAAAGCUAGGAGGGAGGAUUUUUUAGUGUGAUGUUUUGAAGACCUGUAAAUAGGUCACUGAUGAUAAUGUAUGUGAACUGUGUGGUUGUAGCCUAUACAGCAGGGGUCUCCAACCCUGUUCCUGGAGGGCUACCGUCCUGUAAAUUUUCACUCCAAUCCCGAGUUGCAACUAACCUGGUUCAGCAUAUCAACCAGCAGAUUAUUAGAAUCAGGUGUGCCCUGCUAUAAAGUAGGUAUGUACUGGACAUGAGUCCUGGCAUUUCAGAGAUGUAAAAACAAACACCAGACAAUUAAAUGAAGUGAAAAAUAUGAACAUUAUUUAAUAACUGAUUCUCUG